UAGCAAUGUGGCAACACGAUUUUUAUUCGUUCGCUAUAGAGGUUCUCCAAGCAUAUUUUUGAGAAGCUACGGGGGGGUACUGUUUGGUAUCCAACCUUCGUCUUGCCGAUCGUGGGUUCCCCACCUUACAUCUUACUUGCAAAGGGAAAGCCAUAAGAAACCAUGAAAGCGCACAAAUCUCUCCCUAAAACCAAGCAGACGUCCAAGAGGCAACAAUGUAAUGGCAAGUGGUUCAAGCCCAAAAGAAUUCCCAAAAACUCAGACUCUUCAAACCUCAGCCCAAGCACAGCCAUGGCCAAGCUCGAGCACCACGCAUCUAACCUUAGAAAGGACAAGCCUAACCUGAAGAGACUGAAGAAGGCGGCCAAGGCUGUGUCCUCCAGACAGGUCAAGACUCCGGCUGCCACGGAGAGGACCCCCACUCGUCACCUGACCAACGGGGGAGCAGGUGGACCAGAGCAGGGCAGUGACUCAGACGAGUCCCAGGACUGGAGCUCCUUUGCCAAGUCUGUUCUACAUCAAAAUGGUGGUGGAGAGAGUAUGGAGGGCCAGGAGAGUUGUGUCUCAGCCAAAGCUGCGCCUGGCAGGAUAGAGGAGGAGGCUUUUGUUCACUGUGCAGAGCGAGACUACAUCCAUAAUCGCACAGUGCUGGUCAUGCAACAGGGUCAGACCCUGUGUUUUAGAGGGAAGUGCCUUCUGUCAUGUCUGUACGGUCGGGUGGAGGUGCAUGGUUUCACACUUGAGGAGGGUCAGCAGUCCUACCCACUGUUUUCCCCUUCCUCACAUUGCCCCCUCACCGUCACAGCACUGGGGGAUUCCCCUAACCCCAGCAAGACCAAGAAAGCGGGCCGUCUAGAGGCCAAAGCCAUUGUCCGCAAGUACCUCUCUACAGAGUCACGUAAUAGGUUGUUGAGCGAAGUAGAUUCAGACUCCUGUGUGAUCCUGCUGGAGCCCCUGGACACCCCUCUGACGCGGUUCCUCACCAGUUUCCCAGACCUCAAAGAGCUGUUUGGACUCAGUUCGAGGGACUUCCGAGACAGUUCAGCUAUGCUGGACACUCCGCUCUCUGGCCUUGGCAUAACCCCACUGCGGAAAACAGCCGGAGGCAUGGUUAUGUCACAGACCUACAGGGAGGCUCUCAACGGCCUGGUUAACGCAUGUGCAGAGGAGCUAGAUGGCUGUCCAGUUAUUCUUGUAUGUGGUGCUAAGAAUGUUGGAAAGUCCACCUUCAACCGUCACCUCAUCAAUACCUUACUUAACCACACUGCAAGUGUAGAAUACCUGGAGUGUGACCUGGGCCAGACAGAGUUCACUCCUUCAGGUUGUCUCUCCCUGUCUACUGUCAGAGAGCCACUGCUGGGUCCCCCCUUUACACACCAGUGGGCCCCAGAGCACAUGAUCUUCUAUGGCCAGUCGUCCUGUGAAACAGACCUGGACCGCUAUCUUGAGUCCCUCAAGUCCCUGUGGCGCUUGUACAACCGAGAGACGCCCAUCGUCAUCAACACCAUGGGCUGGGUCAAAGGUUUUGGCUUUCAGUUGUUGGUGGACAUCAUUCGCCUCUUCUCCAUUUCUCACGUGGUGCAGCUCAGUAGUGGGGAUAAAGUCAUGUGCCCCCAACUCACCCCUGAGUUCCUGAGGUCAUCCCACGGCUGGCAGACACACCCUCCUGUCCAGUCAGCUUUGGGGGAGGACAACUCUGGAACUCAUCCUGCCCAGCGGAGUUACACUCUAUUCCGUAUUCACUCAGAGUUUGAAGGAGCAGGGCGCCCGGGCGAAAUGAGACACCAGCGCAGCAACGAGCAGCGUGACCUGGCUCUGCUGGGCUACUUCAGCCAGCUGCAGUCCCCUGAACCAGGCCCUGUCAGACCCCUACACUGCUUCACCCCCUACCAGGUUCCCCAUUCAGCAGUGGCUGUGGGUGUGACACACUGCGAGGUGGCACCAACUCAUGUGCUCUACACUGCCAAUGCCAGUCUGGUGGGGCUGUGCUGUCUGAAUGAGAAGGUAUCAGGCAGGGGAAGCCCCGUACUGCUCUCCCAAACCCCUGUCUGUCCCUGUGUGGGCUUUGGUGUCCUUCGAGGUGUGGACAUGGCACGGGGCCUGUACUUCCUUGUUACACCUGUAGCUCCCUCCAUCCUCCGUCAGGUCAACUGUCUUCUGCUGGGGGCUGUCACACUGCCCAACACCCUCCUCACAGGCCAGACAGGAAUUCUGGGAGAUCCUCCCUACGUCACAAUGGACUACAGCUUUGAGCUAACCGGGGCCGGCAAGCUUCACGCCUUCAAGGGGCUUGCAAGACCUGGCCAGAUGAAAAACGCAAAGUGAUUGUUUUUGUUUUUAUGGUUUCACAGCAAGAAAUCGGAAUCUUUUUUUUUUUUUUUUUUGCCUUGGUGUUUAAAGUCAAUAAACAAGGCCAGAGUUAAGGUCGUUGAAUGUACAGAAGAGAAGGUUCAGGAGACGGUGUACCGUAGAGUUGGGGUGAGUGACUCGAGGGGUACUCACACUCCAGAUCAGAGUGCUGAAGACGGCCCAGGCUGUGGAGGUCAACUCCCUCUUGUUGGUGUCAAUUGGGUUUACCUUGGUCUACAAUCAUGAGAUAAUUUUUUGGGGGGGGUUGCUGUAUUCAAUAGUUUAGGAUGUUUGAAUGUGUUUCUAUCACAAGGAUAAUAUCUAGACAUGCAGUUAAACCUCUGUCUGCAUCUGAAAUGGCACCGUAUUCCCUAGCGCACUGGUCAAAAGUAGUGCGCUAUAUAAGGAAGCCAUUUGGGACACAUACUGGGUUUAAUGUCUGUUUCUCGUGGGUCACAUUCCAAAGCCAAGAUUGUACACAUUAUCAAAUGUAAACAAAUUGAUAUACUUUUUGUUGUUGAAAAUGUGAGCUUUUCUUGUCACUGUCAGAACUUUCUAAAUCUUUCUAAAUCUUUGGUCUUUUUAAGUGGCCCAUCAUGACAUGUCCCUAGCAGAUGUGAUAUCAUGGUUAAAUGUUCAAAGUUCCAUGUCAUAAUAUACAGUACCAGUCAAAGGUUUGGACACACCUACUCAUUCAAGGGUUUAUCUUUGUUUACUAUUUUCUACAUUGUAAAAUAAUAGGGAAGACAAACUAUUAAAUUACACAUAUGGAAUCAUGUCGUAACAAAAAAGUGUUAAACAAAUGAAAAUAUAAGUAUCCACCCUUUGCCUUGAUGACAGCUUUGCGCAGUCUUGGCAUUCUCUCAACCAGCUUCGCCUGGAAUGCUUUUCCAACAGUUUUGAAGGAGUUCCAACAUAGGCUGAUCACUUGUUGGCUGCUUUUCCUUCACUCUUCAGUCCAACUCAUUCCAAACCAUCUCGAUUGGGUUGAGGUCGGGUGAUUGUGGAGGCCAGGUCAUCUGAUGCAACACUCUAUCACUCCUUCUUGGUCAAAUAACUCUUACACAACCUGGAGGUGUGUUGGGUCAUUGUUCUGUUGAAAAACAAAUGAUAGUCCCACUGAGAGCAAACCAGAUGGGAUGGCGUAUCACUGCGGUAGCCAUGCUGGUUAAGUGUGCCUUGAAUUCUAAAUAAAUCACUGUCAGUGUCACCAGCAAAGCACCACCACGCCAUGCUUCACGAUGGGAACCACACAUGCAGAGAUCAACCGUUGACCUAUUCUGCGUCUCACAAAGACACGGCAGCUGGAACCAAAAAUCUCAAAUUUAGACCAAAGGACAGAUUUCCACCGGUCUAAUGUCCAUUGUUUGUGUUUCUUGGCCCAAGCAAGUCUCUUCUUAUUGGUGUUCUUUAGUAGUGGUUUCUUUGCAGCAAUUUGACCAUGAAUAGUGGAUGUUGAGAUGUCUGUUACUUGAACUCUGUAAAGCAUUUAUUUGGCUGCAAUCUGAGGUGCAGUUAUUUGCUGAUUUCUGAAGCUGGUAACCCUAAUGAACUUAUCCUCUGCAGCAGAGGUAACUGGGUCUUCCUUUCCUGUGGUGGUCCUCAUGAGAGCCAGUUUCAUCAUAGCGCUUGAUGGUUUUUGCGACUGCACUUAAAGAAACGUUCAAAGUUCUUGAAAUUUUGCGAAUUGACUGACCUCCAUGUCUAAUUAAUGAUGGACUGUCGUUUCUCUUUGCUUUGAGCUGUUCUUGUAAUAAUAUGGACUUGGUAUUUUACCAUGUCGGGCUAUCUUCUGUAUACCAUCCCUAACUUGCCACAACACAACUGAUUGUCUCAAAUGCAAUAACUUUUAAGGCACACCUGUUAAUUGAAAUGCAUUCCAGGUGACUACCUCAUGAAGCUGGUUGAGAGAAUGCCAAGAUUGUGACAAAGCUGACAUCAAGGCAAAGGGUGGCUACUUUGAAGAAUCUCAAGUAAAACACUUUUUCAGUUACUACAUGAUUCCAUAUGUGUUAUUUCAUCGUUUUGAUGUCUUCCCUAUUUUUCCACAAUGUGGAAUGUACAUUGUCUUGAAAAGAGGUUGUACAUUUUGGCCAUUUUACAGAUUAAGAUUCACUCUACAAGUGAUAUUAAUGAAAAGCCUGGAUGGAGUAGGACAUGAAAGUGCUUGCAGGGGUCUUCUCUGACAAUGAAAACCAUUAAAACAAAAGAUAACAUGUCACUUGCUCAACAAUCCGUCUAUAGAGCUAUUGGAUAACACCUGUCAAAAAUAUUCCAGAGCAACAAAAAAAGGAGAAACCUGUACACACAUUGUAGUUCACUACGAAUUGUUACAGUUUUCUGUCCAUGUUUUAUCAAAUGUUUUUUUUUUACCAUAGUAGUGGUUGUAGAUGCGUCAAGUAACGUAUUUGUUACAUUUUUGAGAGUACUGGAUUACUGAACAUUGAUUUACCUAUUUAUUCAUCUAACCUUGGGACAAAAUAUGAACUAUGGCAUUGAUGGUGCGAUAAAGGACAGAGUGGAAAUGAGAACUACAGGCAAGAACUGUUACCGGUCCGUUAUUCAUUUUUUCCCAUUUUGAUUCUCUCUUUCUCUUUUAUCCCUCCUGUUCCAUCAGGAGUUUUGUUUGACAGAAGUUGGUAAUAGUAGGCCUAAAUAAAACUUCCUUUAAGUUCUUUGUUA